UCUCUCCAGCUGUGUGUAUAAAGCUUAGGGCCACUGCCUCACUCCAUCACAGCCAUGGCUUUCUGCAAACUACUGACUGUGCUGGUCCUGAUCCACAACACUGGAGGUUUGCUUGGGGCUGAGGUGAAGAGCUCCAUCGUUGGGGGGAAGGAUGCUGUAAAGGACAGAUGGCCGUGGAUGGUUCACAUAAACAUCACAACAUCUGAUGGCCACGAUAAGUGGCGCUGCGGCGGCUCCAUCCUCAGCGAUCAGUGGGUGCUGACUGCUGCAAGCUGUUGGGAUAACCAGCGUUAUCCUGACUUGCAUCGAUCAAUGGUUUUUGUUGGCGCAUACAAGCUGCACGAGUUGGCUACACGUUACGUGGGUGUAAAUAGUGUCAUCAAACACCCUCAGUACCAAUCCUUUGGCGGAGGUUAUCAGAACAACAUCGCCCUGGUCAAGCUGACGAAAAAGUUGACUCAAGGACAGGGUGGACGGGUGAAUCUGUCCGAGGCCAACGUCAACCUUCAUGCAUCAUCUGACUGUUGGAUCGCUGGCUGGGGCAACAUUAAGAAUGAUGCUCCACUGCCGUCUCCAGAAACCCUUCAGGAGCUGAAGAUUCCCAUCAUCUCUGAUAAGGAUUGUAAGGCGGCGUAUCCUUGGCUGACUUCUAAAGAGCUGUGUGCAGGGGACAAGGCAAGAGACAAGAACACCUGCACGGGGGAUGAAGGCGGCCCGCUGGCGUGUAGUGUUGGUGGUCGCUUUGUGCAGGCAGGCAUUGUGAGUUAUGAGAGCUGUAAACGCAGUGAGGGCCCUGGCCUCUACACCAAAGUGUCUGAGUAUCUGGACUUCAUCAACCGUUACAUCCACCGCGGCGAGGAAGCUUCAGCCGAGGUCUAAAGUCGACUCACCAGACAACCCGCCUUACUCUUUCUAGUUUUUCUCGGAUUGUUCUGUCAGUCCAUGCAGUCAUUUACACUGGAUGACAUGUACUCUGCUUUCCUCAACUAAAUUCUUUGCAUUAAAGCUUUUAAGCAUCA